CACUCGCCCCAAACCAGGACCUGCCCUCCCUCCGACCCCCACCCCCAUGCGAUGUGAUCUCAAGGAAGAAGUGAUUGUUAUUUUGUGUUGAUUGAGAUAGGUGAACCAGGUACAAACCAUGAGGAGAGAAGGAGCUGAGCGCUACCUGACCCAGACCUGCCAGACUACGACUGUAUCUUCUACACUGACAAAUCCUGCAUUUCUAACCACACCGGACUAUACAACGAUACAGAAUUUUCCCUCGACAUGCCCGACAUUAUGCCAUGGAGCUUUGAAUACAGAUGUCCCAACACACACUGCGAAGCUUUACACACGGCCAGCAACUGGUCUAGAUGAAGCAUAUGUGAAGAGAUGCUGUCUAUCAAAGGUUGUUGUGAUAGUGCUUACAAUGUUGGUCACUUCGGGAGGAGUUGCAGCCAUUCUGUGGUACUUUCUCUAUGAGACUCCAAGUAGUAGAGUUUACUUCAGUGGUUCCAUACGUCUGCUAAAUGUCCUCUUCAGUUCUACGUUAACAGACAGCAAAUCCAAUGAGUUCUUACACUUAGCCAAGCAGGUUGAGGAACCAUUGACUGAGAUAUUUGGAAGAUCACAAUUGACACAAAACGUUAUCAGUGUCAACGUUGUCGCCUUUAGUGAAGGAAGUGUGAUAGCUUACUUUAUGAUUGCAUUCAAUGUGGGUAAAACCAGACUUCUAGAACACCGGCAGUCCCUACUUGCAGAUGAUGUGAUUAAGGUAUUGAGGAAAACAAUUGACUCUAAUACUGCUGCAGUGUUCCUGGGAAACUUACUUAUAGAUGUCAAUUCCAUUGACAUUUAUGAGACAGAACACAACACAUAUUCUCUGUCAUUGGAAGAAGCAUGUCCUAUGACUGAUACGAGAAUCCAGUGGAACCAAUCUAUGCCCUGCCGCUGGCAGAUGAGUGGGCCGGCAAACCACUCACUGCAGAUUGUGAUAAAUAAGUAUUUUAUGAAUGGUGAUUGCAGCAUGAAUUACAUUGCACUUUACGACUCACUGGUGCCUGCAAAGAGAAAGCUAAUCACAAGAAUAUGCUCCAGUGGUGAACAUGUGACUUUACAAUCUCUCACUCUAACAUCAUCAGGGAACGUGAUGCUGGCAGUAUUAUUUUCAGAACCCAAACAUGCAUGUCUACUGGAAGCAGUGGUAUUAUACAUCACGAAAACAACCUGUGGUGGAAAUAUAACUGCUUAUAAUGGAUCCCUGAUCUCUCCAAAUUAUCCCUUUCGAUACCCUCCAAACAUUAACUGUAUCUGGAGAAUCACAGUACCGGAGCCAAACCUUCAAUUCCGUAUCCAGUUUGGACCUCUAAAGCUGGAAGGCAUGCAGCCAGAUUGUGAGAAGGACUGGAUUUCAAUAGACGGUGUACGUUACUGUGGAGAGCACUCCAAGACCUUAGUGGUUCCCAGUGCAUCCAACACCCUGACUGUCCAGUUUCACUCCGAUGUGUCUUCCAGUAACCUGGGAUUUCGUGCUGAAUACAACAGUUUCAACCCUGCAGAUGAAUGCCAAGGAAUGCAUGUUUGUGGAGAUGGAAGGUGCGAGCUCAUGAGUAACAAAUGUGACGGCUGGGUUCAUUGUAAAGAUGGAAGUGAUGAGAUAAACUGUGUGUGUACAGCAGACCAGUUUCGAUGCCAGAAUGAUAUGUGUAAACCCUUAAUUUGGGUCUGUGAUGGAGUUGAUGACUGUGAUGAUAUGAGCGAUGAAUCCAAUUGUGAUUGUCCUGUUGGAUUCUUUGCAUGCCACAAAAAUAAUUGUUUGCCUAUUGCUGCCUUAUGUGACGGAAAUACGGACUGCCUCGAUGGCACUGAUGAGACUAAUUGUGAAAGAACAGAUGUGAAUUGUACUGUCAACACCUACAGAUGUGCUAGCAAUGGAUGUGUUGUCAAACCCAACGCCGAAUGUGAUGGUGUGCAGGAUUGUGUAGAUUUUAGUGAUGAAUCGAAUUGUCAUUGUGGAAACCAACCGUCCAUAAGAAGUCGCAUUGUCAAUGGUAACGACGCAGUGAUUGGAGAAUGGCCUUGGCAAAUCAGCCUCCACUUUGGCACAUUGGGACAUACAUGUGGAGCCACGUUGAUAAAUAAUUGGUGGCUUCUGUCUGCCUCUCACUGCUUCCAAGAUGCGGAGUCAUACAGGUACUCUGACCGACAGUUAUGGAGAGUGUACAUUGGAGCACACUCUCUCGGCUUUACUGACGAUGAUGUGGAAAGGCGACUCAUAAAACGGCUGAUAAUCCAUGAACAAUUUGACAAUGUCACGAUGGAUUAUGACAUUGCAUUGCUUGAACUUUCGUCUUCUGUUAAAUACACCAGUUUCAUCCAGCCCGUGUGUCUUCCUUCACCAUUGCACGUCUUCCCAGCAAACCAGAGAUGUUAUGUCACUGGCUGGGGCUUACUACAAGAAGGCGGUCAUCUCCCUGUAAUCCUUCAAAAAGGUGAAGUUAGAAUCAUUAAUCAAACAACAUGCAAUAACUUUAUGGGAAAUAUACUAACGUCACGAAUGAUGUGUGCAGGGUACCUCACUGGCGAAGUUGAUGCAUGUGAGGGUGAUUCUGGAGGGCCACUGGUUUGUGAAGAACCAUCUGGAAAAUGGUUUCAGGCUGGAAUUGUGAGCUGGGGUCAAGGAUGCGGCCGGUACGGACACCCUGGGGUUUAUACACGCAUCACAAAGUUCCGAGAGUGGAUGCACAGGAAUAUCGGCAACUCUUGAAAAUUGUAACUGUGCAAGGAACAAAUACUUUAAUUUAAUUCAGGCAGUUUUCAAUUUCACUUCUAAUGCUCAUAGCACCACAUCAGUAGAACACUGCAAAGUAUUUACUUACAAGACUUACAGUAGUGACACAGCAGUGAUAGAUUUUACGAUUGGAUGAAAUGAAGAUAGCAUGGUCAUUGUGUUCCUCUUACUGUUUCUGUAAUGGUAGUCAGAUAGAUGAGAGGACAAAGAAUUAACCAGGAUUGCAAUUAGACCAAAACAUUGUCAUGCAUUUAUACUUUACUGCCCCCUUGUACAGCUGAACGUUGUUACAGUCUGCUAGAGAAUGUUUCUGUCAUAAUUCAGCAGUAACAUUUACAACGCAUUUCAUAGGGAAUGUUCUGUAACAAUGCACUUAUACUUCAGGAGUCCAGAGUAUUUAAUUGUCCUAGGUACCGGCCACAGAACAAUUAAAUUCUUACUUGGCCCGUAAAUACGAUAACACACACACAUUUAUAUUGAUCAAUCAUAUAAUCAAUUCAUAAGUUGACCAUAAUAGUGCAAAACUAAAGUCUGUAGUGCAACCAAAGAUACAGUCAAUAGAAGAUCGUAGUUGCUGAGGUUAGUGUUGUGCAGUGUUCAAGAGCCUGAUAGUUGCUGAAUAGAAGCUGUUCUUGAACCUGGAGGUCAAGGAUUAAUUUACACUGACAUUAAUAGAUCUAGUUUCUGUGUCAAGCAGGCAAUAGCCUUUUGCUACAAACUGGAUGAAAUUUCAGAUUGCUUACUCGUGCACAGUGGCAUCAACUUGACUCAUGGUGUCUAAGUGGUCCUUGAUUUCACAUUACAUCAGGUGUAACACUCAUUGGUUUAACACAUCAUGUGUUAUCAGAUGAAGAUGGAGCAGCCCCAUCUGUCAGGGAGCUCUCACCCCACUUUGCUCUGGACUCCAGUUGGACCUACAAACCAGGUUAGAAUUUAAUUCUUAUAAUCGUGAGGUGUUAUAUUUUGGGAGGAGCAGCAAGGUGCAAAUAUAUAUAAUGGUUGGUGAAGCUACAGGUUAUAUAAAGAACAAGGGAAUCUUGAUGCACAUGUCCAAAGAUCCCAACUGGUGGCAGUACCACGACAUAAGGUGGUUAAGAAACCAUGCAACACACUUAACAUCAUUAGCUCUGACAUAGAAUACAAGGGCAGGGAGAGCAAAGUGGAAUUUUCUAAAGCAUAAGACAGUUCAGUAUGUGACUGAGCAUUUCAGUCAUAAGGAGACGCUGGGUCGAUGGGUUGAGGUGGAGAAGACUGGGACGAGAACUGACUGAAACAUACAAAAUUAUGAGGAGCGUGGAUUGGGUUUGGGAAAGCUUUCUCCAUAGCAGAAACGUCUAAAACUAGAGGGCAUACAUCUACGGUAUGAAGUCGGAGGCUUGGAGAGGAUCCGAGGAAGAAUUGUUUAACCCAGAGGGUGGUUGGUGGGUGUUAGAGGCAGAGACUCUCACAAUAUUUAAGUAUCUGGAUGAGUACUUGAAUCCUUGAUGCACAGAAAGGGGCGGACCAAGCGCCGCGAUUAGUGUAGAUGGGUACGAUGAUUGGUAGGGACAUGAUGGGUCGAGGGGCCUAUUUCCAUGCUGUAUGACUGUAACACUAUGGAAAAGUUACCCUUCAGAAGAAAAUAUGUCCCUUGUAUGAUAUCAUCUAAAAAUGUAAUAGAUAUUUGAAAAUUUAAAAGCCACUUAGAUAGGGAUAUGGAAAGGAAAGGUUUAGGGGAUAUGGGCAAAACGCAGGCAAAUGACCAUAGCUUAGAUGGAGCAUCUUCAUCGGCAUAGAUAAAUUGGAUCAAAGGGCCUGUUUCUGUGCUGUACACUCUAAGAGGUAUUUGCUGCAACAACUCCAUCACCUCCCCAUUUACAGGAUUAAUUUUAAAUACCUCAAACAAAGAUGAAAACUGUUUAUGAUUUCUUUUAACUGUAGCAAAUUUAAUGCGUGCAUUUUUGUCUUAAGUUUGCAAAAGUACACACAGGAAGUCUGAUACAAUUAUAUCCAAUUCUGAAUGUAUGGUAAGGAGCUUUACUUUUAUCUGCACAUCCCCAACACCUCUCCACCACAUUGCCAACCACCAACAAUGUCACACAGUUCCAAUCCAACAACGGUCGGCUGGGAUGAUGCAAGGAUAGGGAAGUGGGAUAUGGCCAAACGUUUAAGAAUUGUAAUAUUGGGAAGGUAUCCUGGUCAGUACGGGUGGGUUGAGCCAAAGGGCUUGGCUCCAUGCUGCAUUACUCCAUCACUCUCAUGCAAGUAGGCAUUGCCCAAUUUAAAUCUAAAGCCACAUGUGAUAUUACUUUGGUACCACAUCUCUAUUUUAAGAUAUUGGUUGAGAAAGUCUGAAUUCAGAAGGGGCAACUCCAAGAGUUGAAUCAUGACAUUAGCUUGACAAUGGUUCACUUAUCUCAGCAAAUGCCAGGACUCAAUUAUUUUACCAAUGCCCGAAUCCUGCUCCUGAUCUCUGGCGUCAUGUCUAUUGGCCCUCAAGUGGAAGACAAUUAAAUGUAAAAAGGUUAAAUCGGCCCUAGUGGUUAAAAUCUGAGAAGCAUCAAUAUAACUACAAUUUAUAGUUUCACGUCUGACAAUAUCUUAGGAACCAAUUCAGUGCAAGCUAAGUUAAGCUCUGAUCUAUCAAUAUCACAGUAACACAUCUUUUUUCCUUAAUUUGACCAAUUGUUAAAGGGCCUGUCCCACUGUACGAGGUAAUUCAAGAGUUCUCCCGAAUUUCCCCUGAUUUGAACUCGGAGAAUUACGGUAAUAGCCGCUCAUAGGUACUCGGGGCUCUCGUGGACAUUUUCCAACAUGUUGAAAAAUCUUCAUGAGUCUUCACGAGCUUACCACAUUUCCCGAGUACCUGCCGUUAGCGUUACGAACCACCAAGAGAUGUCCCGAGCUCCGACGUACCCACUACGUACAUUCUACGUGCUUACCACGAGUUUCUUUUUUUUAACUCGGGAGAGCUCUUGAAUUACCUCGUACAGUGGGACAGGCCCUUAAGUCAUUGUCACUAGAACCCUAUAUUAUCAACACAUAAUUUGUAAAGUCCUUUAAAAAAGGGAGCAAAACGUAAAGUGCUGGAGGAACUCAGCAGAUCAAGCAGCACUUGCGGAAGGAAUAGACAGACAAUUUUCCGGGUCGGGACCUUUCUAUCCAUACCCUCCACAGAUGCUGCCAGACUCACUUGUAUUUUGCUUAGGAUUUCAGCGUCUGCAGUGCUUGUGUCUCCUUGAAAACGAGAUCUGUUUUCAUUUUAUACAUAUAUUCUAUGUAAUUACUUUUGGCAACAUUUUAUGAAUUGUAGAAUGUUUUCACAUUAUGUAGUAUAUAACAUGAAUGCCCGAUUGUUAUCUAUAUGAGUGGUUUUGAUUUUUGAGCCAAAUUACUUUUUGUGCAUUGGUACAGUCUUGGUAUCUUGGAGGUAACAUGCCGUUGUACUAACUUUCUACACGGGUGAAUUUAUUCUUGGUUUAGAUUCAGAUAUUGAAGAAAUAAAAUCAAAUAUUUUGAACUUGUUAUACAUAUAAUUUGGCAAGCUGUAACAGAAUAAUAACCUAAUUAAGUAUUGCAAUAAUGUGUUCCAUUGCAAUUCAUAUAACUGCAUAUAAAAGUGUAUAGAUUUGAUGGACCAUGAAGAUGCUAUCCUUUUAAUUCUGGAAUAUAAUGGGGAAAAUAUGAUUACUAGAAUAUUUGUACAAAUUCAAGUUGAAAGUGGUUAGAACAAUAAAUUGAUGUUGAUUUUAUACAUUAAUUUCCUUGUAUUUGCGAUGCUCUUUUCAGUGAGAACAGUUCUUAAAUAUUAGAAGUUAUUGAAAGGAUCACGCUUGUUGCAAUUGCUAAAACAUUUCCAUUCAUCCCCCUCCCCUUAUCAUUCAGCAACCACAAUAUUGUUGGUUUAUUAAUUGUCACAGAUACAGUGAAAAGCUUGUUCUGCGUGUUAUCCAGUCAAGUCAUACACUACACUAGUACAAACUAAUCAUCUUCUGGAACAGCACUUGUUCAC